AGUUGGUGGUAAUUAUAACAUUUUCAUCAAAAUUGCUUUUAAAAUGGAUCAUUUCUUCUUUAAAAGAAAGAGGAAUAAUGAAGUGAAAUAUGCAGAAGCAUCUUCAAGUUCAACUGCUGGAUCUGGAAGUGUGAAUAGCAACAAUAUUGAAAAAAAUAUUGACUCUAAUCUGCAAACUUCACCUUCAUUUAAGCCACAUUUCAAAAAGAAAAAAGUAAGUUCAAGACGAUAUAAUGAAGAUUAUUUAAAAUAUGGUUUUAUCAAAUGUGAAAAACCCUUUGAAAAUGACAGACCUCAGUGUGUUAUUUGUAACAGUAUUCUUGCAAAUGAAAGCUUAAAACCUUCAAAAUUAAAAAGGCACUUAGAAACUCAGCAUGCUGACCUUAUUGAUAAACCUCUUGAAUAUUUUCAAAAAAAGAAAAAAGAUAUAAAGUUGUCAGCACAAUUUCUUAGUUGUUCUACUGUGAGUGAGAAAGCCUUAUUAUCAUCGUAUUUAGUUGCAUAUCGUGUGGCAAAAGAGAAAAUGGCUCACACAGCUGCUGAAAAAAUUAUUCUUCCAGCAUGUUUGGAUAUGGUGCGUACAAUUUUUGAUGAUAAAUCAGCUGAUAAAUUAAAAACUAUACCUAGUGAUAACACAGUAUCUCUUCGAAUUUGCACUAUUGCAGAACAUUUAGAAACAAUGCUGAUUUCUCGGUUACAGUCCGGUAUAGAUUUUGCAAUUCAGCUUGACGAAAGUACUGAUGUUGGAAGCUGUACAACACUUUUAGUUUAUGUCAGAUAUGCAUGGCAAGAUGAUUUUAUGGAGGAUUUUUUGUGUUGUUUAAAUUUAACCUCACACCUAAGUGGAUUAGAUAUUUUUACAGAAUUAGAAAAGUGCAUUGUUGGUCAAUAUAAAUUAAACUGGAAAAACUGCAAAGGAAUUACAAGUGAUGGAACAGCAGACAUAACUGGGAAACACAGCAGAGUAAUUAAAAAAUUGCUAGAAGUUACUCAUCAUGGUGCUGUGUGGAAUCAUUGUUUUAUACAUCGUGAAGCUUUAGCAUCCAGAGAAAUUCCACAGAACCUCAUGGAAGUAUUGAAAAAUGCAGUGAAAGUCGUUAAUUUUAUUAAAGGAACCUCACUAAAUAGCCGAUUUCUUGAAACAUUUUGUUCGGAGAUUGGAGCUAACCAUACCCACUUACUGUACCAUACCAAAGUCCGUUGGUUGUCUCAAGGGAAAAUACUGAGCAGGGUUUACGAACUCAGAAAUGAGAUUCACAUUUUUCUCGCUGAAAAAAAAUCACAUUUGGCAAGGAUCUUUGAAGAUGACAUUUGGGUAACGAAAUUGGCAUAUUUAACUGAUAUUUUUGGCAUUCUUAAUGAACUAAGUUUAAAACUGCAGGGGAAAAAGAGUGAUAUAUUCCAACAUGUCGAACGCAUCCAAGGAUUCCGAAAGACAUUAUUGUUAUGGCAAGCAAGGCUUAAAAGCCAUCGCCCUAGCUACUACAUGUUUCCAAGAUUUUUGCAACAUAUUGAAGAGAAUAUUAUUAAUGAAACCACUCUGAAAGACAUAAAAUUAGAAAUAUUAUUGCAUCUCACUUCUCUCUCUCAAACUUUUAACCAUUUCUUUCCAGAAGAGAAAUUUGAAACAUUAAGAGAAAACUGUUGGGUAAAAGAUCCAUUUGCUUUUCGAAAUCCAUUAUCAAUAAUUGAGUUAAACUUGGUGCCUGAAGAAGAGAAUGAAUUACUGCAGCUCAGUUCUUCAUAUACAUUGAAGAAUGACUAUGAAACAUUAAGUUUAUCAGCAUUUUGGAUUAAGAUAAAGGAAGACUUUCCUUUGCUAAGUAGAAAGAGUGUCCUCCUAUUAUUACCAUUCACAACAACUAGCUUGUGUGAACUAGGGUUUGCAGUUUUGACCCAGUUGAAAACGAAGGAAAGAAGUGGACUGAACGGUGCAGCAGAUAUGCGGGUAGCAUUAUCCUCCUGUGUUCCAGACUGGAAUGAACUUAUGAACAGGCAGGCCCACCCAUCACACUAAGUAAAUUUUACCUGGUUUUUGUUUUUGUGUUUCUUAUUUUAUGGUAUUUUUCUAUGUUGUAUUUAAAUGUUACUAUGUCAUGUGAUAACUUUGUUAUGUUUUUAUUUUUGUUAUAUUUAACAAUAAAAUCAUAAUGUAAUUUUA